GUGCUUGCGAUGCGUACGAGUCCGCAAAAUCAUGCGAUGUGACAUGAAGACGAGAUGACGUUGUGCUGUCGAUACAGUGUGGCCGUGGCUGUUGAGGGCUGUCGGAGAGAUCCCCGGAGCUGCUGUCGAUGAGCUGCUGCUGCAUUUGCUGCAUGUAGUUUGUUAGCAAGCUGUUUAGCUAGUGCGCGCAUGUUUGUAUGGCCUGGUCGUGUGGAGUAAGAAGCGGUCAGGUUAGUUAACUGGUGGUUGCAUGCAUUAGGAUUAGUCAUGCGUGCGUGGUGUGUGGCAUGAGACCCGGCAGGUUGUUGCUCGGGCUCAUUUGCGUUUAUGCUAGCUAUUUAAGAGUUUGUAAGCCUGGAGAAGGAGUUGAGAAAAGAUAAAACAAAAAGAGGAGCUGUGUGAGACAGCCCGUUGCCAAAAAUUCUCUAUGUUCUUGUGUUACAGAGAGAGCAGCUAAGCCAUAUAUCAAAACAAUCUAAGCCCCGGCCAGCAGCUAAUCACCAUCACUUGAAUUACUAUGAACUUAGCUAUCGAUCUUCGCAUGGCUACUGGCAACGGAGAGAACAGCUACGCUGCCAACUCCAGGCUUCAAGAGAAGGCCAUACUGGAGACGAGGCCGGUGCUUCAGAAGGCCAUUGAAGAGGUGUACGCGUCGCUGAUCAUCAGCCCCGGGAGCAAGAUGGUGGUCGCUGACCUCGGCUGCUCCUCGGGUCCAAACACUUUGCGCGUCGUGUCCGAGGUGAUGGGCGCGAUCCGCGCAUAUUGUAGAGAACAGGAGGCGGAAGACGAAGAGCAGCGGCGCCUUUCCGUGGAGGUGCAGUUCUUCCUGAACGACCUGCCGGGGAACGACUUCAACCUCGUCUUCCGGUCCCUGGACUGCUACUUGGAGAAGCAUCUCGGCGUGGAAGAGGAAGAAGAGACGUCACCGUGCUAUGUGGCGGGACUGCCGGGAUCCUACUACAGGAGGCUUUUCCCUUGCCGGAGCGUUAAUCUCUUCCACUCCUCUUUCUCCCUCAUGUGGCGCUCAAAGGUUCUCAAAACUGAUGUUGAGGCUGCAUUGCAACUUCUGAAUCUUGCAAUAUUCCAUAAGGAAUUGACUGAGAUGGAAGACCGUGAACAGAGAUAGAUGGAGAAACAACAAGCUGAACAUGACGCAGAUGCAAGUGGUGGCACGGCAAACGGGCAUGGAGGUGCAACCGGUAGCACUGCAGAUGGGCAUGGAAACUCUGGCGACAACCCGAUGGAUAUGGAUGUAGGCACUACAUCAAAUGAUCAGUAUAUUUCUUCGCAAAAAAAGAGAGGUCAAUACACUUCAGCAAGCUCAGAAUUUUUUAUUCUUCUAUGCAGCUGAUUUUUAAUUAUCGUUUUUUCUUGCAUUUCUUUGUGAUUUCAUAAUGUACAGAAUUGAAUCAUUCGUGCCUAUCCUUGGUCAACAUUUCAAUUGAUGACAUUGAGCAGACAUUUAAUAGAGGAGCAGUUGCACCUUACAGUAGAGCCCAAGUAGAUUUCUCCAGGUCAUUUCUCAAUGUAUCAGCAAUAUGCAACUAAGUACAUACUUGCCAACACAUCAUCUCCAGUGAAAAAUAUAUCACGAAUUAUGAACUACAAUAGUGACGAUUGCGGACCAUAUCGAACAGAUCAUUCAUAUGAUAAGUUUGGCGGUGGCACUUUCCUCCUCUUCAAAAAGUCUGUAAUGUGAUUACCUGCCGCGAAAUAGGAGUGUUCGUCCUUGAAAGAUGCAUGAAGCAUGCCCAACACUUCUCCACUUGAACUCAACAACGGGGCACCCGACAAACCUUGGGUCGCGCUCAUGUGAACCCCCAGCAUGUGCAUGUUAUAUCCAUUGGUGUUAGUUUCGCUUCUGUCGAGCACUGUUUCAAUGGGCCGACAUAUCCUUUUGUACAUGUUCUUAGGUGAUGUUCAGGCCAAGAUAUCAUAAAGGCAUCUUAGCCCUCUUUUGGCUUGUUAUUGGAUAUGACGAGGUGUUGGUGGUUCUUGUCACAUGGUUGUUUACUAUCUUGGCUUGUAAUAUCUGUCUUCUUGGCCGACAAGAGGAGCAAGUCUUUUCGGAACUCAGCUGCGAGUAUUGUAACAUUGUUGUACUUUCUGUCUCCUUUGUGUUCCCAUAUAGACCUUUACAAAGCUCAUGUUGUAUCAA